AAGAAGAAGAACCAGUGGGCGGAGCUUUGUGUUGGCGGCUGUGUUCGUAGCGCGCAGUGUCGUUUAGCGCAUAUUUAUAACGGGUUUGUCGAUCUACUUUGUAAGUAUUUGAUUAGGCUACGGUCGGUUUUUAAAAAAACUGGCGCAUUGAUGAACGAACAUAGAAAUUCUGCCAAGCCCAGUCUGUGUUAUAUUUAAAGAUGGAGGAUAUGGAGGUUGAUCCACAAGUGGAGGUAAUAGCGCGUCCAAAUGAGGAGAAUCUGAUUGUAGUGUCUGAUUCUGACAGCAGCACGGAUGAGGAGGAUUCAUCCAUACAGAUUAUAGAUCUCUCGGAUCGAGCCCGACGUUCAGCCGUCGGGAAUGCCCAAAGACAACUUAUAGAUGAUCAAUUUGUAGGACACAGUUACACCGAAAGACUUCUGUCACUCAUCCACACAGUGCAAGAGAUGUCACGAGUGUCUCCGGUGCGGCGCUCCAACCACACACCCACUACAACAACGUCAGAGCCCAGUGUUUCUACAGCGUCUGAAGGGACGGAUGCUGUAGCUCAGCCACUAACACAGCCAGAAGCACAGCCGCAAACACGGCCAGAAGCACAGCCACAAACACGGCCGGAAGCACAGCCACAAACACGGCCGGAAGCACAGCCAGAUCAUCCAAAACCAGACACUGAGCCGGUCUCAGAGUCCAUCCAGCAGACUGCACCUGCGGUAAAUCCGGCUGCACAGGGCGGUGGAGAUGAUGAAGACGGUGAAACCUGCUCCAUCUGUUUUGAACCUUGGACAAUGGCUGGCAAGCACCGCUUGGCCGCCCUUCGCUGCGGUCACCUUUUUGGCUAUGAAUGCAUUAAUCGCUGGCUUUAUGGUGGAAAUAAAUGUCCACAGUGUAAUAAAAAGGCCAAACGUGAUCACAUCAUCUUUCUUUAUGCACGAAAACUCCAAGCCGUAGACAACACGGAAGAAGUGCAACUAAAGAAAUCUUUAGAGGAUGAACAGAAGUUACGCAGGAUGAAAGAGAUGGAGACUGCUCAAUGUCGUCUGCAGUUACAGACCAUAAAAGAUGAAAACACAAGACUACAGAAAGAGGUUGAGGAGUUGAGAAGAUUAAAGGCUCAGGUGGCCUUCAGUUCCUCUCAGGGAGCUGCGUUGUCUUUAUCCCAGCGCCAGGACUCAUCCAGUGGGGGACGCUACGUCUUUUCUACAGCGGUGCUUGUUUCUCAAGCGGGGGGCUGUAGGGUGUUGUCCCACUGUGAGCGCCUCGGGUGCCUCCUGGCGUCCCAGCCCUCCCCACAAGCAACAUUUUUACCAGGCUUUGGAGUGAAGAAGAUCAGCACCGCCAAUCUCAAACCCAGUCAGUACGUCCCCAUUCACUCCAAACAGAUCAGAGGUCUCGCCUUCAGCCAACAGCAUGACAGCUUACUGCUGUCCGCAGCCCUGGACAACACUGUUAAACUUACUAGCUUAAUGGCCAACACAGUGGUCCAGACCUACAACACAGGCAGACCCGUGUGGAGCUGCUGCUGGUGCCAUGAUAAUAAUAACUACAUCUACGCCGGUCUCUGCAACGGAUCAGUGCUAGUGUACGAUACACGAGACACAAGCACUUUUGUGCAGGAGUUAGUACCAUUGGGCUCCAAGUGUCCGGUGGUGUCUCUGUCCUACAUACCUCGCGCUGCCUCCAGUUCGUUCCCAUGUGGCGGUCUCAUCGCUGGUACGCUGGAUGGUGGCUGCUUUUGGGAGCACAGCGAAGGAACUGUGUACACGCCUCACAUUCUGCCUCUGGAGUCCGGUAACUGCACAGAUAUACAGGUGGAGCCGGACAGCAGACACUGUCUCAUCACAUACAGGCCUGGUCGUUUAAACCCAGCUCUGCGUUGCGUUCUGAUGGAACUCAAUCGAAGCCCUCAUUCAGACAAUGGCCAGCCUCCAGUGUGCUCUUGUUCCCCAGUCCAGACCUUCACUGCUGGCUCCUCGUGCAAGUUACUCACCAAGAACGCUGUCUUUAAGAGUCCAGCUGGAGAGGCUUCUACAUUAGUGUGUGCUGGAGAUGAGAGCACAAACUCAACCAUGGUUUGGGAUGCCGGGACUGGGGCCUUACUUCAAAAACUUCCUGCAGAUCUUCCCGUACUGGAUAUCUGUCCCUUUGAGGUGAACCAGAGCAGCUACCUUGGAUCUCUAACUGAGAAGAUGCUGAAAGUCUAUAAGUGGGAGUGAUAUUACGGGUGCUGAUCUACAGUAUUCAUACAUUAUGGCAGUUUCUUAAUUUGCAAUCAACACUAUCCACAUUUCAUAUUAUGUUCUUUAUAUACGUGUUUCUUUCCCGGCCUUCAAAUAAAGUGCAGAGUAAAGAA